AUGCUGCCUUUCCUGAUCACCUUCUUCCUCCUUCACUCUUGCUUCCUCCGAGCAAAUGGCCACCUCCGUGAAGGAAUGACAUUGCUGAAGACUGAGUUUGCACUUCGUCUCUACCAGAGCGUGGCUGCAUGUAGAAAUGAGACGAACUUUGUCAUCUCUCCUGCUGGUGUGUCCCUCCCCCUGGAGAUCUUGCAGUUUGGAGCAGAAGGGAGCACUGGCCAGCAGCUGGCAGAUGCCCUGGGGUACACCGUCCAUGACAAAAGGGUGAAAGAUUUCUUGCAUGCUGUUUAUGCCACACUACCCACCUCCAGCCAAGGCGCCGAGAUGGAGCUGGCCUGCAACCUUUUUGUGCAAGUGGGAACACCGCUGUCCCCCUGCUUUGUGGAGCAGGUCUCCUCGUGGGCUAACAGCAGCCUGGAACCAGCCGACCUCAGUGAGCCCAAUAGCACUGCCAUCCAGACUAGCGAAGGGGCCUCCAGACAGACUGCAGGUGAGGGCCCCAGUGAGGGCCCUGGUGGCUGGCUGUGGGAGCAAGUCAGUGCAGCAUUUGCUCAGCUUGUGCUUGUGAGCACCAUGUCCUUCCAAGGCACUUGGCGGAAGAGAUUCUCCUCCACAGACACGCAGAUCCUGCCUUUCACCUGUGCCCAUGGCCUCAUCCUUCAGGUCCCCAUGAUGCACCAAAUGGCCGAGGUCAACUACGGUCAGUUCCAGGACACUGCAGGCCAUCAGGUGGGGGUGCUGGAGCUUCCUUACCUGGGAAGUGCAGUGAGUCUGUUCCUGGUGCUGCCCCGUGACAAAGACACCCCACUGAGUCACAUCGAGCCACACCUCACAGCCAGCACCAUCCACCUCUGGACCACCAGCCUGAGGAGAGCCAGGAUGGAUGUGUUCCUGCCCAGGUUUAGGAUCCAAAAUCAAUUCAACUUAAAAAGCAUUUUAAAUUCUUGGGGAGUCACCGAUCUUUUUGAUCCACUCAAAGCUAACUUGAAAGGAAUUUCAGGCCAAGAUGGCUUUUAUGUUUCUGAAGCAAUCCACAAGGCCAAGAUUGAAGUUUUGGAGGAAGGCACCAAGGCAUCUGGAGCCACAGCUCUGUUGUUAUUGAAAAGGUCUCGGAUUCCUAUUUUUAAAGCAGAUCGGCCAUUCAUCUAUUUCCUGAGAGAACCUAACACAGGUAUUACAGUAUUUUUUGACAGGAUUCAGAUAAUUUAUCAGUGUCUCUCUAGCAACAAGGGCUCAUUUGUCCACUAUCCCCUCAAAAAUAACCAUUCUUUCUAGCUGUUUUUACGGUGCUUCAAAAGCUUCCCAGUUGCUGUCUUGUAUCCUAAAAAAGGGGAAUAUUUCAUAAGUACAAAGGAAACUUAUCCUCCAUGUUUUUUACCUUCUCAUUCUCUCAGCUCAUAUAUAGUUAAUGUAGA